UUUCUUUAUAAAGUUUCUGCUUGUUCUCCUUCUUCAACUUUCUUUCCCCCUCCAAAGCUCUCUCUCUCUCUCAAUGGCAGGAAACGGUGUUCUGCUCGAGAAGCAAGUGAGCAUAAAUCGUAACAUUUCAGCUAAGAACGCAGCAGUAACAUGGGAUGAUCCAGCGGUAGCUCUCACAACUGCUCGCCAUGAGUUUGGUGAGCACGGCGGUGUCAACAUGUCAAUUGAAGCCUCAGCAACAUUCACAGUCAUGGAACCAAAGACCAUGAACAAAAUGUUCGCCGGUGAGCUAGGCCCUAGCCAAGAUUUCUUCAUCUACAGCCGUCACUUCAACCCUACUGUCAUGAAUCUCAGCCGUCAAAUUGCAGCCCUAGAAGGAACUGAGGCUGCAUACUGCACCUCAAGUGGUAUGGCCGCAAUCUCAUCAGUUCUUAUGCAGUUAUGCAACUCAGGUGGACAUGUUGUGGCGUCGAGUUCCUUGUAUGGUGGGACUCAUGCUCUUUUAAACCACUUUCUUCCUAGGGUUUGCAAUAUAACCACUAGUUUUGUGGAUAUUAGAGAUCAUGAGAUGGUGAAGGAAGCAAUUGUCAAGGGAAGGACUAAUGUGCUUUAUAUGGAAUCCAUGUCCAACCCUACUCUUACUGUUGCUAAUAUUCCUGAGCUAUGUAGGAUUGCACAUGAUAAAGGGGUGAAGGUAGUGGUAGAUAAUACCUUCACUCCCAUGGUGUUGUCACCAGCUCGGCUCGGGGCUGAUGUCGUCGUGCAUAGUGUCUCCAAGUAUAUCAGUGGCGGCGGCGACAUAAUUGCAGGUGCAGUUUGUGGGCCGGCGAGCCUAGUGAGCUCCAUGAUGGACCUUCAUCAAGGUGCACUAAUGCUUCUUGGUCCUACCAUGAACGCCAAGGUUGCAUUUGAGCUCUCUGAGAGGAUCCCUCACUUAGGGCUCAGAAUGAAGGAGCAUUGCAAUCGGGCUUUGGUAUUUGCUACAAGGAUGAAGAAAUUAGGCCUCAAAGUCAUUUACGUUGGCCUUGAAGAACACCCAGACCACACACUUUUGAAAUCGAUGGCAAACCAGAAUUAUGGGUUUGGUGGUAUCAUAUGUGUUGACAUGGAGACUCAGGAAAAGGCGGAUUGUUUGAUGAACCGUUUACAGAAUUGCACCCAAUUUGGGUUGAUGGCAGUCAGCUUGGGCUACUAUGAAACCCUUAUGUCGUGCUCUGGUAGUAGUACAAGUAGUGAGAUGAAUGAAGAGGAGAAAAAGAUUGCUGGUAUCUCUGGGGGAUUAAUAAGGAUGUCCAUCGGGUACAAUGGGACUCUAGAGCAGAGAUGGAGCCAAUUUGAGAGGGCACUUUCUGGAAUCCAUGAUGGUGAUUUUAGUAAGAAUUGAUCAUAUGAAGUUCAUAUUAGGAAUAUAUGUACGUCUUGAGUAAAUAAAUGAAGAAGGUGAUGAACUCGACCAAAUAUGUCUUUUUUUUUUCGUUAUUAUAUGUUAGUAGCAAUGAUGAUGAUAUAUCUAUCAUCAUCAUCAUCAUCAAUAAAGUCUUUGCAUUUGAUA